UGUUACCUAUGGAGCAACAUCAUUCGGUGAAAUACAGACAGAGGAAGUUUAUGGUAGAACAGUCAAGUUCUGUGUUUACAAGGGUCUCCGAAUGCUACCUAAAUCUUCUUUCAUAGAUUAUGAUACAUGUUCCAGAUGUACAUGUAAAAAGACUGGCUUGUCCUGUGCAACUUUAUCAACUGCAUUCAGCGUUAACUAUCCGGAUGACUCCAAGUGUGAUAAUGUAAGAAUAGGAUGUGUUAACAGGUGGGUGAUGAAAGAUAAUACGAAGGAAAGGUGCCCGAAGCCACUCAUACCGACAGAGAUAUCUAUGGUAGGAAAGUAAUUGACAGAAAAAUCACCGUGGAAUUCAAUAAAUUUUGAAAACAUUGUUAAUAUAAUGUAAUAAAUCAUGUUACAUGUGA